AGAAGGAGCAGCGGCGCUGCCGGCGGCUGCGGACACCCUGACGGACGGACGGACGGACAGACUGACGGACGGACAGACGGACAGACGGAUGCGCUAAGGGCCCGCGGACAUGUCCGAGGCGAAGCAUCGCAAGAAGGCGGGCGCCAAGGGGGCGCCCCCGGAGCCGGGCCGACGCGGCGAGGCCGGGCAGCCCCCGGAGCCGGCCCGGGGAGCGGGAGGCGGCGGCGGCGGCGGCGGCUGGGCGGACCCGCGGACCGUGCUGUGCCUGCUCUCCCUCGGGACCAGCCUGGCCUUGGCCUGGUUUGUAUUUCAUCAGUCAGAAAAAUUUGAUAAUGUAGAAAAUAAAUACCAACUACUGAAAUUGGAAGCCGCAGAGUUCCAUAGCCUUCAAAGUCAAGUGGAUUUAAUUUCUGAAAAGUGUCAGAAGUCUGAAGCUAUGAUAAAACAGUUGAAGGAUUUUCAGAUCAUUGCUCAUCUAAAACGUCUUCAGGAAGAUGUUUAUAACUUGAAAACUUGGUCCAACAGGAUAACUGAAAAAAGGGAUAAAUUGAACAACAACUUGACAGCUCUUUAUCAAGCAGUUACAAACACAGACCAGAGUACAACUUUCCUGGCCAAAGAGGUUUCCCUCAAGAUUACAGCUGUCAAAACUGACAUAAGGCGUAUUUCAGGGUUAGUAACUGAUGUAUCUUCAUUGACAGAAUCUGUACAAGACCUGGAAAGCAAAUUAGAAAAAGCAGAACAGAAUACGAUCAAAAACAUAGGUGACCUUCUUUCCAGUAGCAUUGAUCGAACAGCAAAACUCAGGAGUUUAGCAUCUGAAAAUUCAGAAAGAAUUCAGGUUGCUAGGAAGAUGCUUUCUGAGCUGAAGAGUGAUUUCACCAAGCAUUCAGAUAGACUUUUAAACUUAGAAAGUGACAGGGCUAAAAUUCUGAAAACAGUGAAUUUUGCAAAUGAUUUAAAGCCUAAGGUUUAUAACCUCAAAAAGGAUUUUUCCCGUUUGGAACCAAUGAUAAAUGAUUUAACCUUACGAAUCGGGAGAUUGGUUGCUGACUUGCUACAAAGAGAAAAAGAAAUUGCUUUCUUAAAUGAAAAAAUAUCUAAUUUAACUAUAGUUCAAACUGAGAUUAAGGAUGUGAAAGAGGAAAUAACCAAAAUUUCAGAUAUAAAUUAAUUCAGGAGUUUUUAACCUUUUUUCAUGUCGUGUUUUUAAAUUCUUUAAGUACAUAGGAUUGCAAAGGAAACCAACUAUAUUGAAAUUUAUAAAGAAAAAAAGUUCAUAUACGACAGGUUAAAAAUCUCUAAAUUAAUUGGUUUUUUAAACUCUUACUCAAAUAGACAAAAAAUGAAAAAUGGGACCUUAGUCAUAUAACACACUGAUAAAAAAAAAGUUUUAAUUUAAUACUUAAAAUAUUGGAAGCUUCUGAAUUUUCUUGUGUUUGAUAAAAUGUGUCAUAAAAUAAAAGUGUUUUUAGUGAGCUGUGUAACAAUUGAGUACUUAAGUUUUUCAACAAGUAAGCAUGUACUCUCAUGUUUCUCUCCAGGUGUCAGAAUGUUAUUAGGAGACUUUAGUAACUCUUGACAAAAUUCAGGCCCUGGCAUGAGUCUCCCCAUUGCCGUAAUGGGCUGGGCAAGUUUUGGAAUGCUUCAGCUUCUUUACGUGACUCUGCCACCUUCAGACCCAAUGUCUCACUCAGUUCUCAGAGCCAUAGCUUUGCCUACAUGUGUUAAGUAUAGCUAGCUAAUCAUAACCAGGAUUCAGUAGAGAGCUUAUAAUCUAGUUGGUUUAGAGAGGUACAUAGAUAGCUAUACAGAAAAUAGGUACAAGGAAUGAAGGUUGGUGAUCAUGAAAGAUUUCAUGUAGAAGACGGUCACAGAAAUAUUAUUUGCGUGUGUAAGACCUAAUAAGGCACACCAUGUUUUUGUCUCCUAUUAAAGACCCAAGAUUUAGAUAUCUUGAUUGAAAUAGUUUGCUGGUUGUGAAAUUAUGUGGUUGUGGUUGUGGUUGUGAAAACUUAGUUCCAUAGGCUGCUCUGUAAAACUGGAAUUAUGUAAUCCUCAGAGUGGACCACUACCAAAAAGAGUGUCUGUUGACUUAAAAGUCAAACCUUUAUUUCUGGAAUCCAGUAGGAAUUAUGUCCUAGAGAGACAAUGUCAUAGAGUAGAAUGAGUUGUGAGAUCUUGGAGAUCCGAACUCAGGUUCGGAGUCUGGUGCUAUAGACGAGCUGUGCCAUGUGACCAUGGGCGAGUCACUACAACCUCUCUUUGGGAAAAAUGAGGAAAAUAUUUGCUUUACCUGCCUCCCAGGAUCAUUGCGAGGGAAACCUGUGCAACCCUGAUGGGGGCCCUGUAAAUGUGAGCUGUUAGAUGUAAUAACUGUUCCUUUUCCCCAGCAAAGACUGUUUAUCUGUAGAUUCCAUAAACACCUAUUAGGCCUUUGCUGUGGAUAGCACCUCAAAUUCUGUGAGGAUGCAUAGACACAAACAAAUAGGAAUAAUCACUCAUUACUAUCACAUCAGCUCUUUAGUUGGACCAUUUCUUUUCACACUCGGAAGAGUCACGAAGCUCCUCAGUCAAAUAGCAGUGGGACAAAUGGCUUCCCUGCAACCCCAGGGACUUCAGGAAAAUUUACUUCAGUGAAUUCCAGGGUCUUCAAGAUCAGGAAUACAUCUUCUCAUCCAACUAACGUCUGAGAUUUCUUGUGUCUUAACUGGGAUAAUCACCAGUUUUAAAAUAACAAGCUUACACUAAUAGAGUCCUUUUAAGGUUAGCAAAACAUUUUCCCCACAACCAUUCUAUGAGUUAAGAGAGAGCAGAUGAGGAAACUGAGGCUCAGAUAAAUGAAGUGAUUUGCCCAGAAUCACAUAACUAGUCAGUUUUGGGUCUGAGAUUGAAACUCAGGAUACCCUUCCCCUGCCCCACACUUACCAUGUAGAAGAACAGAUGAUGUGAAGGAUAGAGUCACAGCUCCUUUUAAUCCUAGAAGAAAAUUCAGCAUAUCUUCUGAUCUUGGAGCAGCUUAGACUCAUCUGGGCAGAAAAAGAGAGAAAGAUCCCUCCUAUCCCUUGCUAUAAAUCCAAGAGAGAGUGCUUUUUAAAAAAAAAAAAAAG